AUGGCGAAUUCGGGCUGUGAGGACCUCCGGGGCCAGGAGGGGGAGAGUUUUCUGUACUUCGCCUACGGUAGCAAUCUGCUGACCGAGCGGAUCCACCUCCGAAACCCGUCAGCCGUGUUCUGCUGCGUGGCCCGCCUGCAGGAUUUUAAGCUUGACUUUGGCAAUUCCCAAGGCAAAACAAGUGAAACUUGGCAUGGAGGUAUAGCCACCAUUUUUCAAAGUCCUGGCGAUGAAGUAUGGGGAGUAGUAUGGAAAAUGAACAAAAGCAAUUUAAGUUCUCUGGAUGAGCAAGAAGGAGUUAAAAGUGGAACAUAUGUCCCAAUAGAAGUUAAUGUUUAUACUCAAGAAGGAAAAGAAAUAACUUGUCGAAGUUAUCAGAUGAAAAAUUAUGAGAGUGCUCCCCCAUCUCCCCAGUAUAAAAAGGUCAUUUGCCUAGGUGCAAAAGAAAAUGGUUUGCCACUGGAGUAUCAAAAGAAGUUAAAUGCAAUAGAACCAAAUGACUACAAAGGAGAAGUCUCAGAAGAAAUUGAAGACAUUAUCAAAAAGGGAGAAACAAAAACUCACUAGAACAUAACAGAAUAGAUCUACAGAUAUUUUCUGUAUGUGCUAAUAUAUUUUUAACGUUUAGAACAGGAAUCUGAGGUAUCUCUGUGUUCAACAGUGCUCUGAAAGGAUAUCUUACUUAGGUGAUUCCUUGUUUUCAGACUAUAAAAAGAAACUAGGUUAGGAAUUAGAUGAUUGAAAAGGGGGCCGUGAGGCACUGGAAUGCAUGACAAAUGGAUGCAGGUACUCCUAUGAACAAAGUUAUUUUCUGCAUUUGAGUGUAUCCUUGCUCUGUGACAAAGGAGAGAUUUGCAAUUUAAUGAUCGUGCUGGUGAAUUGCUCUGCUCUGGGAUUUUUUUUAUCAGCUUAAUAAAGAGCGAGCAAACUGCAGAGACAGCUGAUGAUAAUUUUUUUUUUUUUAAUUUAAAAGUGGCAUACUGUUCUUAGAGAAAUAAAUGUAUUUGUGGUUGAACCUGUA